UCCACGAAAAAGGCAAAAAGGUUUGCGAGCAGCACGACCCACAGCGCGUCUGAUGACAUGCCCUGAUCUCCUACGACUAACUCGGCAGAUCCUGCAGGUUGCGGAAUUGCUUCCCUGGCCAAUCAAGGACCGAUUAUUCCAAGUCCGAUUACACCUUUCGGCGCAAGGAACGUGUGGACACCAAGUUUUCUGGAGGGGACAGUCUUGAACCAGCGCACUCAUGGGUUGGAUCGCUGGAAAGAACUAUCUCGCAUUCCCGGUUUAGGGCCACUACAGCCGCUUCGCCAU